AAUAUAUAUGAAUAUAUAUACAUUUUCCUAGAAAGUGCCAAUAGAGAGGAGAGAGAAUCGAUAUUCUUGUGAAUGGAGACGAAUCUCAGAAACAGAAGAUGACGAUGAGAAGACUUCGAGGUUGCAAGUAACGAUCGGAGGAUUCAAACCGAUUCGGAAAGAAACCCUAAUUUUUUAAUUACCGUUUUGGCAUAGAUCUGAUUGAAUUCGGAUCUCGAAACGGGGACGAUUUUCGUUGAGAUUUUGGUUCGAUCUUCGAUCUCUGAUUGGUCAGUGUUUCAGAUCGAGGAAAGAAACAAUGCCUUCGCAUGCGGAUCUAGAUCGGCAGAUCGAGCAGUUGAUGGAGUGCAAGCCUCUGUCGGAGGCUGAGGUGAAGACUCUGUGCGAUCAGGCCAGGGCUAUUCUUGUUGAAGAAAUGAAUGUACAGCCGGUGAAGUGUCCGGUCACGGUGUGCGGUGAUAUUCAUGGCCAAUUCUAUGAUCUGAUCGAGCUUUUCCGGAUAGGCGGGAAUGCUCCGGACACCAACUACCUUUUCAUGGGUGAUUACGUUGAUCGUGGGUACUAUUCGGUGGAGACUGUCACACUUUUAGUGGCCCUGAAAGUUCGUUAUAGAGAAAGAAUUACGAUCCUUAGAGGAAAUCAUGAGAGCCGGCAAAUUACUCAAGUGUAUGGUUUUUAUGAUGAAUGCUUGAGGAAGUAUGGAAAUGCCAAUGUCUGGAAGUAUUUUACUGACCUUUUUGAUUAUCUGCCCCUUACAGCGCUUAUUGAGAGCCAGAUCUUUUGUUUGCAUGGAGGACUUUCGCCAUCAUUGGAUACAUUAGACAAUAUUCGAGCCUUGGACCGUAUUCAGGAGGUUCCACAUGAAGGACCGAUGUGUGAUCUGUUGUGGUCUGAUCCUGAUGACCGUUGUGGAUGGGGAAUAUCUCCUCGUGGGGCUGGCUAUACUUUUGGACAGGAUAUAGCAGCUCAAUUCAACCACACCAAUGGACUCACUCUGAUCUCAAGAGCUCACCAGCUUGUAAUGGAAGGUUACAAUUGGUGUCAGGAAAAGAAUGUGGUGACAGUUUUUAGUGCUCCAAACUACUGUUACCGGUGCGGGAAUAUGGCUGCAAUACUGGAGAUUGGUGAGAACAUGGAACAGAAUUUCCUUCAAUUUGAUCCAGCACCUCGGCAGAUUGAACCGGACACGACACGUAAGACUCCUGAUUACUUUUUGUAAUUCCAUACCUCCACUGGCUGUUUGUAAUCCUCGCAUGAGAUCCAUGUCUGCUGUCGGUGCAUCUUAGAAGAGGAGUUUUGUUGUAUGAGCCUCCUUGUCAUCAUCAUUCUUUUGCUUGGAGUUUGCCCUGCUGCUGGAUUGGAUUAUGUGCUCGAGAGACACAACUAGUGAGAGGCACUGACUCCUCUGUCUUGUAUAUUUCGAACGGAAGCAGCAGCAGUGACUUGGUAUAUUGUGUUCUGUAAUCUUACAAUUUAAGGUAGAAAGCAGAUUUCGAAAUGAGUGUCAGGCAAUUUUCCAUUUUUACUGACAAUUGGUAAUUGAAGAUGCCGGCAAUGUUUUUAAAUUAAUUGUCUAUGGGAACAAGCUUCUCGUCAUACGUUUGGGAGAGAGAAGUAGAGAAGCGUGAGAUUAGUUUGCUGGGGUACGAUUAAUUUCUUUUUUAUCAUUUAUUUCAGUAAUUUGCAUUCCUCAUCUUCAAUGACAAACAUAAUGCUGCUCUUCUUGUACCUAGGGUUUUGUUAGGCUCUCCAUGUGUAGUUACAAUUUGUCAUGUGCAUUAUUUUAAAGUAGAUGGACAUUCAAUGCAGUUCUUUCAUAUUAUUUGAUAUCUUUUUUAAUGUCAUGAGAUUUUGUUUUUCCAGCA